AUGGGACAGCCUGACGCGCAAAAGGUCUUGGAUGCCUUGACCAAACUCCAAUCAACACAAGAAAUCUCAAUCAUCAAACUCAGUGAACCUAUCGCAAACUCAAACCCUCAAGAUGCACGACAACGUACAUCAGACGCAUCCAACUCGGCCUUUGAUGCCCUGACUCCUUCAAGCUUAACAGCCGAUCUUGCGCAUUACAAAGAACUAUUCGCCAAGUUACGAUUCUCUUAUGUGCAACAAGUCACCAAGGAGAAGUUCAUCCGAGCCAUCGUUGGUGAUCCACCUAUGAUUGUCAGUAUGGAAGAGAACCUUGAGCUCGAGAAAGAAAACAUGGUUGUCAAAAAGCAGCUCAAAGAGUUAAAGACAGAAGUCGCAGAAAUGGUGACCAAUCUUGAACAAAGGGGCAUCGAAUUGAGCAAGAAGUACGAGAGUGUACAGCUUGAAACAGCCGAACUGCGCGAGAUGCCCGCCAAGAUCGAGGAACUGGAAGCAAGGAUCGAAAUACUGCGCGAAGAACAAGAAAUGCCAGAUGGAACCAGCCCCGGCAUGAACUUACCACUGGCAAAGACACAAGAUCUAGUCAACCAACGAAAGCUCGAGCAGCAGGAACUCGCACGAGAACUAGAGUCCCUACAAGCUAAGGUCCCUCGGAAGAGGAAAGAGGCGGAUAGACUUCUCAUCGAACUCCAGCCCCUUGAGAACAAGCGCCAGAACAGUGCAACUGCUGCGCGCGAGGCAAGGAGGAGAAAGGAAGCUGCCCUGGGUGGUGCAGCAGAUGACUUGGAGGAGAGAGCCCGAUGGUGGAGAGCUAGCGAGGGUGUGUUGACCCAAGUACUGGAUAUCAAGGACUAG